CCGUGUUGGCACCCUCUUCUUGUUGCAGCAGUGGAGCGGCGGCAGGAUGGAGGCGGCGGACAUCCUGUGCGCGCUGCAGGCCCGCGUCGCACUGCUGCCCGGCUGCAGGGACGCCGAGGAGCGGCCCGUCAUCCUGGUGCCCGUCCCCGCCGAGAACGUCCCCUGGACCAAGGAGCGGCUGGACCUCGUGCUGCGCUACUUCGCCUCCACCUUCAGCCCCGAGACGCGGCGCGCGGGGCUGACCGUGGUGGUGGACGCGCGCACGGGGUCCUGGCGGUGCGUGCGCGUUGCCAUGCGCCAGGUGGGGGCGUCGCUGGGCCCCGACCUGGCGUCGCUGCUCGUCAUCCGGCCCGACGCCUUCUGGGACAAGCAGCGCGUCGACUCGUGCGCGCGCGCGCAGCGGCAGGGAGAGCCCGUGCUCAUACCCCUGGCCCGGCUGCUCAAGUACCUGGCGCCGUCGCAGAUCCCGGAGGAGCUCGGCGGGCCCUGGGUGCACAACCACCACCAGUGGAUCCAGAAUAGAAUCUACAUGGAGACGUUCGCCCGCGAGGCGGAGACGGCCGCCAACGACCUGGACAAGCUGCGGGGACGGCUGGCCGGGCAGCAGGCCAUGCUGUCGGGGGAGUCGGCCGCCACCACCAACCCGACCACCAUCGGGGCCAUCACCAUCUCGGCGAGGAUCAACCUGGAGCAGCCGCCGGUCACGCUGGAGAACUACCAGCAGACCAAGGAGGCCGGGCGGCAGGUGGUGACGGCGGGCCGCGAGCUGCUGGAGCGGCUGGACAAGGACUACCAGCGGCAGGGCGAGCGCCAGGGCGGCCAGGGCGCCGCGCAGCCCGUGCCGCAGGACGUGGUGGACACGCGCAUCCGCAUCGAGCGCCUCCUCGAGCUGCUCGCCGCGAAGCAGGCCCUGCUGCACGACGCGUGGCACAGCCUCCAGAGCACGCUGGUCGACGCCAAGGAGCAGGCGUCCCUGGAGGAGCGCGUGUCCCGGGUCACGGACUGGAUCCUGGGCCCCGCCGAGACCAUGCUGAACGCGCAGCGCGAGGUGGGGCUGGACGUGGCCUCCGCCGAGGAGCUGCGAGAGGCGCACGAGGCCCUGGAGCUGCAGUGUAGGGACACGUACGGCCAGUACGCGGAGCUGCUGCACCGGCUGGACUCGCGGCCCGCCGCCGGCCUGCCGCUGCCCGCCGACCUGCGCAGCCAGCGCGACUUCAUGGACUUUGCGUGUCGGAGCUUCGCGACCCGCCUGGAGCGGCGUCGCACCGUGCUCAUCAGCUCGCUGAGGUUCUACCGGCUCGUGGACGAGUACCUAGAGACGACGGCCGACAUCCUGGAGUCGCUCAUGCGCGAGGGUGACGUCGAGGCGCUCGACUCGGCAGACGAGUCCCUCCGGCAGCUGCAGGCGCACCAGGUUGACGUUGACGAGCUGGAGCGGCUCGUGGUGCGCCAGGGGGAGAAGCUCUCGGACCUGCUGUCCAUGCCGGUCAAGGACGCGCUGGGCCGCGAGGUGAGCGUGGACUACGGCGGCCACAUCGGCCACGUGACGGCGCUGCUGGAGGCGGUGCGCGGCCGCCAGACGCUCUUCUCGGACACGGUCAACAUGCGGCGGCUGACGCUGCAGCAGGCGGCGCACGUGCGCGCCUACGAGCAGGACGCGUCGCAGGCCGUGCGCUGGCUGGGCGAGCUGCAGCGCGCGCUGCUGGCGAGCCACGCGCACGUCGGCUGCACCGCGGGGGAGAUCCAGGCCCAGAAGGCCGAGCAGCAGUCGCUGCAGGAGACGGCGCGCGCCACGCACCAGUACGGCGUGCAGCUGCUGGCGCUGGCGCGCUCGCUGCGCGUCUCGUGCCGCCUGCCGCUCGGGGCGCACCGCGCCCUCAGCGACCAGCUCACGGCCGCCUGGGAGGCGCUGCACGCCGUCAGCCAGGAGCAGAUGACGCGGCUGCGCGUGUCCGCCGUGUUCCACCGCUCCGUGCAGGAGCACUGCAAGCAGCUCCGCGACCUGGCCGCCGCCGUGCCGGGGUUGGCGGCCGCCCUGGCGGCGGAGACCGACCCGUCGCGGCGCCGCGGCCGCCUGCGCAAGUUCCUGGGGUCGCGCGAGCGGCUGCUGCUGGAGGUGGGGCGCAUGGUGCGGCUGGGCCGCCUGCUGCGCUCCCGGCUCCGCGAGCCGCUCGUCGACCCCUUCCCCGCGCUCGGCGCCGCCCUCGCCGCGCCCCUCAGCCCGCCGCUGGCCCCGCUGGGCGCCACCUGCGCCGCCCUGGGCACGGGACCCCCGCCGCCGAGCACUCUUCCGGCGGCCAGCAGCUCAACCACCACCACCCCCGCGAUUGACCUGGGCAACAGCAACACCACGGCCAUCGAGGCCAUCUCCGAGCGGCUGUCGGAGGUGACGGCCCUCGCCGAGCAGCUGGACCGCGCCCUCACCGCGGCCCGCCUCGACCCGACCGCGCCGCCGCCGCCACCCUCCGUCGAGGACGCCACUGACGCCCCUGACACCACCGUCAACGACACCGCCUCGAUCAUCGGCGAGCAGCAGGACGACCACGGGGGCGACGCCACCACAGCGACGGCCUCGCCAGCGACCGGCGCCAACGAGCAGGCCGAGCGCAGCGACGCCACGGCACCCGAGGUGAGUAGAGUGCGGCUGGCGAGGACUAUCAGGCUGAUGAUCCAGGAGGUUGUCCGAGAGGCUCCGGUGGUAAGAGUCAGCGAGAGUUCAGAGAAAAUUUACACGGGCAUCGACCAAAAACAAAAACACCACGUGCAUUUUACUACCAAAUUUAGCAGCCGAUUACCGUCCUAUGGCGUCGGGGUCUGGCGCGCCUGUGGGGUAGACAGCCCAUUCGCCAUCGGCGACCGACGGGCUGCAUGAGCGAGCGUAUGUGUGUGUCCUCGGUGGC